AAAAUCAACUUAUCUUAGCGCUACCAUAAUAUAUGGUCAUGGCUCGAGAGGCACGCAGACACAAAGCAAAAUUUGAUUCGAGCGAUCAAAACAUCUCUUCGGUGAAUCAAGAUGGAGUACCAGAUGAGAGGCCGGUAGAACAGAGCAUUCUGGAACUCAAUCGUUUGAUUUUUUUACGCCCGCGCGACCCGAAACUCUUCGCACGACGGGGUGAAGCGUUUUCUCAGCUGUACGACCUGCAAUCGGCAAUCAUCGACCUCCGUUAUGUAGUCAUGCAAGGUAACGUCUCGCAUGCAAUAGUACGACAUCGACUUGCAAGAAUGUUAGACAUGCGUGGCUUAAACUGGCUUCGGUCAGGGGAUGCCCAUGCGGCCUUGGAUUGUUUUGCAGAGGCGAGUCAACUUGACCCUCUGUGUUCUCAAUUCUUGGUACAUCGGGCCAUCGCUCACACUAAGCUUUGCGCGUUCGAUGCGGCACUGAAGCAUCUUGGCCGCGCGAUAGAUAUGAGCACACAUCCGUGCAUGGAAGUAAAUUCACAUAAGUUAACAUUGGCUGAAUGUCAUGUCUUUCGGGCAAAGUUGUUUUGGGCACUUGGGCUUAGAGAAGCGGGCACGAAAGAUAUGACGAUAGCUAUGAGUCUUGCUCCUGACCAUAUCGAGUUCAGCUUCAUAUCACAUGGUUCGUGGGUGUUUUCCCCUUGCGAUACCACUCUUGACGGCUGCUAUUCGGAUUGUACCCGAUGAUAUCAAAUUGCUUCUUACGCGAGCCGCCGCGUAUCGGCAAGUAGGGACAUGUGAGUUGGCUCUAGAAGAUCUGGAGAAGGCGUCGCUUGCUUAUCGUAGUAUUAUGUGGCCUGAAUCUGAUAUUUUGAGUCCAUAUAGUAUGAACCGUUCCCAAGUAGAUGCGGCGCAGCUCCAAGAACCGUAUCAAGAAGGACAGAGCUUGCGACAGCAGAUUUCAGUAUAGCUUAUGCAAGCGCACCACUUGAUUCGACAGUCACUACUCGCAUUUCGAUGAUGCACUACAACCUGGCAAUACCACUCUUCAAUGGGGGCGACUUUUCCAGUGCCGAGACUGAACUCUCCGUGGCAAUUAAAUAUAGUCCCAAAAUUGCACAAUACUAUGCAUGUCGUGGUGAGGCUGCUUAUUACCAGCACAAAUUUGAUUCGGCAUGUCUCGACUUUCGUCUGGCCUUGAGACUGGACCCGACGCCCCUGUCAAGCCCCCAUCCCCGGUACGCAGGUUAUACCAUACUCGUACUCGACUCCAGCAAUUUGAACCCUUUUGCACAUCUCACGGCAAUCCACAUGCCUUGGCUGUCUUUCUUCCUUAUCCCAGUACACAUAGAAAACAGUCAAGUUAUAAAAACCAGAGUCGUCGAUGGGCUCCCCCCGCCUCGCUCCCGGCGGGCUGCCCUCGAGCCCGGUCCGCAUCGCAUCUCCGCAUCGCUGCGCUCGACCGACGAGAUGCUUGGUGAACUGUUGGACGUCCAGAGCUCCGCGAAUAUGAAGGGACGUGCAACGAUCCCAGUGGCUUCGAGGUCCGCAAACAUGUGGGCGAGGCACCUGCGAAGACGCGACAUCCAAACGAUUGCGAGGUGGCGCAAACGGGCAGCUUCAGGGGGUGCAGUGAGGCUCGGCAGCGUCCCCCGACCCAAUUUCGGGUCGCUUUCGAGCCACAGAGCGUCGGGAAUCGUUCGUCAUGGGGGCCACCAGAUGCUCUCGCGACAGCUCCUCGGCUCGAGUCGAUUUGAUCGAGAUCAUCUCAGCGCCUCCGACGGGCGCGCGGCGCCGCGGGUGACACGGUGCUCACCGCGCAAUGAAUGA